AUCAAAAUUGCCAGGCAACGUUGGAGCUGCUCGCGCCCUAAAGGAGCAGGUCGCUGCCUGAGGAUCUAAUGGAGAAAUCCCAAAGUGAGCUGGGGUGCACGGUGGAGGAGGGGCGCUCCGCGGCCGGGGCUACGGGGCCCUGAUCAAUCGGCCAGAGGAAGGCGGGAGAGGCUGCUGCUUGCUCCAUAGCCAGGACACGCUGGAGGCUCCACGCCAGCUCCUCCUGAAAGCAGCGGCGGACCACAGCAGGUGGGGGGAGGGCACUGCUCUGUUCCUGACGUACCGGGAGCAGCAAGCAGCCAUCCAGGUGACUAAGCCGGCCCACCGUCACUGAGUCACCCACCCGCCUUGGCUUUUCUUCCUUCCCCCUUUGCAUCUGAUUAUUUGGGGAGCUGAAAACUUGGAGGUGUACCUGAGGCCCGCCCCUUCUCUAACUCUCCCCUCCCUGCCUCGGCUUGGAGGAAGAUGGAACUCGCUGGGAAGCUGCCACUACCCCCUAAGGACAUGGAAGGCACGGAGGGAGCCAGAGGUGCCCAAGGAGAGACCGCAGCUGGCAGAGUACAAUAGCAGACAUGGUGAUCAGGCUGCCCCUGUGUCCUCUGAAGGUGCUAGAAGAGAAGGGGAGUCUGGUCCACACCGACUGGAGUCCUCCUGUGCUAGCUUUGAGCUCACCUCUCAAGGGGAUCUUCCUGUAAGUGUGUGGCUUCCAGGACCAUUGGUAUUUGGAAAGCAAGGCUGGAUUGGCAUAGGCAGGCCUGUGCAGGUAGAGCAGCUUUCGGGCUUCAGACAAUCACCAGUCUGCGGUGGGAGAGGCUGAGGCCCAGUUGCCCGGAAGGAGUGCCAAGGAAUAUCCCAGUAAGCAAGCAGGAGCUUUGCCCACUGGAAAAGGAAAUACCCAGAGAACAGGCCGGCAGAGGAAGGUCCUGGGAUCUUCCCUCCCCUUCGUGCUCUAGAGAGCUGACUGAAGAAUAGUGAAAGGCGAGGAGAGAAGGCCACAGGAGGCACCAUGUUCCGGAAGAAAAAGAAGAAACGCCCCGAGAUAUCAGCCCCACAAAACUUCCAGCACCGCGUCCACACCUCCUUUGACCCCAAGGAAGGCAAGUUCGUGGGCCUCCCCCCACAAUGGCAGAAUAUCUUGGACACCUUGAGGCGGCCCAAGCCUGUGGUGGAUCCUUCUCGAAUUACACGGGUGCAGCUGCAGCCCAUGAAGACGGUGGUGCGGGGCAGCUCAGUGCCCACGGAGGGCUACAUCUCAGGGCUGCUCAACGACAUCCAGAAGUUGUCGGCUAUCAGCUCCAAUACCCUGCGCGGACGCAGCCCCACUAGCCGGCGGCGGGCACAGUCGCUAGGACUGCUGGGGGAUGAGCAAUGGGCCGCUGACCCGGAUAUGUACCUUCAGAGUCCUCAGUCUGAGCGCACUGAUCCCCAUGGCCUCUACCUCAGCUGCAAUGGGGGCACACCAGCAGGUCACAGGCAGAUGCCGUGGCCGGAGCCACAGAGCCCACAGGCGUUGCCCAAUGGGCUGGCUGCCAAGGCACAGUCCUUGGGCCCUGCUGAGUUCCAGGGUGCCUCGCAGCGCUGCCUGCAGCUGGGUGCCUGCCUACCGAGUUCCCCACCUGGCACCUCACCCCCUAUGGCCACAGGGAGGCGUGGGGUGAAGGCUGCCAAGCACAGCUCAGAGGAGGUGCGGCCACAGUCCUGCCUGGUGGGCUCAGCCACUGGCAGGCCAGGUGGAGAAGGGAGCCCUAGCUCUAAGAACCAGGAAAGCAGUCUCAAGCACCGGCUCUUCCGAAGCAUGUUCCUGUCCACUCCCGCCACAGGCUCUGCAAGCAGCAGCAAGCCGGUCCCUCUGCCACAGAACAAGCUCAACUCCGCUUUCCGACCACCGCAGAAAGAUUCCUCCUCAAACUUGGUGGCCAAGGCCCAGUCCUUGCCCUCGGACCAGCCUAUGGGGACCUUCAGCCCCCUGACCACCUCGGAUACCAGCAGCCCCCAGAAGUCCCUCCGCACAGUCCCAGCCGCUGGCCCACUUCCAGGCCGGUCUUCUCCAGCAGGCUCCCCCCGCACGCGGCAUGCUCAGAUCAGCACCAGCAACCUAUACCUGCCCCAGGACCCCACCGUGGCCAAGGGGGCCCUGGCCGGCGAGGACACGGGCAUUGUGACACAUGAGCAGUUCAAGGCUGCACUCAGGAUGGUGGUGGACCAGGGUGACCCCCGGCUGCUGCUGGACAGCUAUGUGAAGAUUGGGGAGGGCUCCACGGGCAUUGUGUGUCUGGCCCGGGAGAAGCAUUCGGGUCGCCAGGUGGCCGUUAAGAUGAUGGACCUCAGAAAGCAGCAACGCAGGGAGCUGCUCUUUAACGAGGUGGUGAUCAUGCGUGACUACCAGCACCUCAACGUGGUGGAGAUGUACAAGAGUUACUUGGUAGGCGAGGAGCUGUGGGUGCUGAUGGAGUUCCUGCAGGGCGGGGCCCUCACAGACAUCAUCUCCCAAGUCAGGCUGAAUGAAGAGCAGAUUGCAACCGUGUGUGAGGCUGUGCUUCAGGCCUUGGCUUACCUGCACGCCCAGGGUGUCAUCCACCGAGACAUCAAGAGUGAUUCCAUCCUGCUGACCCUCGACGGCAGGGUAAAGCUCUCAGACUUUGGAUUCUGUGCUCAGAUCAGCAAAGAUGUCCCCAAGAGAAAGUCCCUGGUAGGAACCCCAUACUGGAUGGCUCCUGAAGUGAUCUCCAGAUCUCUGUAUGCUACCGAGGUGGAUAUCUGGUCUCUGGGCAUCAUGGUGAUUGAGAUGGUGGACGGAGAGCCUCCCUACUUCAGCGACUCCCCAGUACAAGCCAUGAAGAGGCUCCGGGACAGCCCCCCACCCAAGUUAAAGAACUCUUACAAGGUCUCCCCAGUGCUGCGAGACUUCCUGGAGCGGAUGCUGGUACGGGAACCCCAAGAGAGAGCCACGGCCCAGGAGCUCCUGGAUCACCCCUUUCUGCUGCAGACAGGGCUGCCCGAGUGCCUGGUGCCUCUGAUACAGCUCUAUCGCAAGCAGACCUCCACCUGCUGAGUUCACACCCAGGGUGCACCUGCCGCCUGUGCCCACAGGCCAAGGACGCUGGGCAGCCAGUCCGCUGGCAGGGCCUUCCUGCCUUGUUCUCUCAGUAUUCUCUCCAAAGAUUGAAUGUGAAGCCCCACCCCUUCCCUCUUUCCCUUCUGCCCACUGGGCCAGGCCGGACCUGCCCCCCUCAAUCUCACUCCCCAGAGUCCCAGUUGCCUUUGGGAUGACAGUGACCCCCUUUUGCAGGUUUGGCCCUUUGCUAUUUGCACAGGGAUGUUUCUAAGAAACACGGAGAGUGGUGCUCCUGGCCACCGGUCAGCAAAGCUGACAGGCCGCUGCAGAUUUUAAAAAGCAGUGUCCACUAGUGUCCCGGGCCACCGCAUGGGUGUGUGCCCCAUCUUCACACGGACACUUGCUAUUCUCAGUUACAGCUUCAAACCCUGGAGUCCCAGAGGGCCACAGGGAAGAAUUUUAUUACCUGAGUCCUUCUUCCAACCUGGGCCUGACUUCUGGAAGCCCUACUUGCCCCUGUUUCCGUCUGUCCCCUGGCACAGCCUCUCCUCAGAAGGCCUCCACAGAACUGUGAAUUGCCUGUGUGUAGGCCAUGGGAGUAGCAAGGGGAUCUUCUGAGAGAGAGUGUGCUGCUGAUGGUAAAAGUGGCUCCAUUUUUUCAGGAUGGAGAGAACAUAUUCUCAUUCUCUCUCUCUUUCCCGUGUGUGUGUGUGUGUGUGUGUGUGUGUGUGUGUGUGUGUGUGUGUAUAAAGUCCCCCAAAGGCCCAGGCCUUUCCAGUUACCACAGAGAGCUUCAGAAGAGCGGCACCCCCACCCCAGUCUUCUUUUCUACCAAGCUCUACUUUGAAGGAACCUGCUUUGGGGCCUGGCUUUCUGCCUCUCAAGUCUCAUGUUAUUACCUGAACAGUGAAGGGGUGUGUAUGUCAAGUCUAAACACAUGCUGGGGUGCCCUGAAGUUUCUGAGUUUCUCCCAUACUGAGAUAGGAAUUACUUCACCUGCCAGCAACUUCUCAGUAGCCAGAUCAUCAGGGACCCUCUUUGGAACCCUGGGCUGGGACAGAAAGGUGAACCACCUCCUGCGGAGGAGGGGAAGAGGCUCAUGUCAAGGAAUGGGUACCUCCAUGUGUGAACCAGCUGCCCCUGCAGAUGCUUACCUGCCCCCUUGUCCUCCCUCCCUUCCCACCUUCCUGGCUGUUGUGAGACAGGGAAUGCCAAGGAAGAACUCCACUGUCUGGACCACAUCCAGAUAAUAUUUUUAGAUCCCUCUGCUCCCUGGUGACCUGCAUUAGGGCAAAGAAAUCGCAAGGUCUUUUUUUAAGGGUCAGAGUUUUAAAAACAAAAGCAUCUUCCCUAGAAAUUUUUGUGAAUUGUUUGCAACUUGUGCCUGUUUUAAAUUAAACUGAAU